GGAACCCUUCACCUCUCUCCAUCUCCACCUCCACCUCCACCACCACCACCCUGUGUUCUCCGCCAUGCAAGCCAGCGCCGGCCUAGUUGCCGGAUCUCACAACCGGAACGAGCUCGUAGUCAUCCAUGGCCACGAAGAACACAAGCCUUUGAAGGAUUUGACCGGUCAAGUCUGUGAGAUAUGUGGUGACGAGAUCGGCGUCACAGUCGCCGGAGAUUUGUUUGUAGCAUGUAACGAGUGUGGUUUUCCGGUGUGCCGACCAUGCUAUGAGUAUGAGAGAAGAGAAGGUAGCCAGAACUGCCCUCAAUGCAAAACCCGAUACAAACGUCUCAAAGGAAGUCCUAGGGUUGAAGGAGACGACGAUGAGGAAGAUGUGGAUGACAUUGAACACGAAUUUAAUAUUGAUGAUGAUCAAAACAAGAACAACAAUAUUGCAGAAGCAAUGCUUCAAGGAAAGAUGAGUUAUGGUCGAGGACAUGAAGAUGAUGACAAUGCUCAAUAUCCACCUGUCAUUGCUAGCCGUUCGAAACCCGUAAGUGGUGAGUUCCCAAUAUCGAGCCAACCUCAUGGAGAGCAAACGUUAUCCUCGCUUCAUAAACGUGUGCAUCCUUAUUCGGCUCAUGAGCUUGGAAGCAGAAGAUGGGAUGAAAAGAAAGAUGGAGGGUGGAAAGAAAGAAUGGAUGACUGGAAAAUGCAGCAAGGAAAUCUUGGUACUGAAGUUGAUGAUUCAGCUGAUCCUGAUAUGGCCAUGUUAGAUGAAGCAAGACAACCACUUUCAAGGAAAGUACCGAUUGCAUCCAGCAAGAUCAAUCCUUACAGAAUGGUGAUUGUGGCUCGUCUUUUUAUCUUAGCCAUCUUUCUUCGUUACAGACUCAUGAACCCUGUGCAUGAUGCAUUCGGGUUAUGGUUGACAUCUGUUAUCUGUGAGAUCUGGUUCGCUUUCUCAUGGAUCCUCGAUCAGUUCCCGAAAUGGUUCCCAAUCGAUCGUGAAACUUAUCUCGAUCGCCUUUCUCUCAGGUAUGAGAGGGAAGGUGAGCCAAAUAUGUUGUGUCCGGUGGAUAUAUUUGUGAGUACCGUGGAUCCAUUGAAGGAACCUCCACUUGUUACGGCUAACACCGUUUUAUCAAUUCUAGCUAUGGAUUACCCGGUUGAUAAAAUCUCAUGUUACAUAUCUGAUGAUGGUGCUUCAAUGCUUACCUUUGAAUCACUAUCGGAAACCGCAGAAUUCGCACGAAAAUGGGUUCCGUUUUGUAAGAAAUUUACAAUUGAGCCGCGAGCUCCUGAAAUGUACUUCUCGGAUAAAAUCGAUUACCUUAAGGAUAAAGUUCAACCCACGUUUGUCAAGGAAAGGCGCGCCAUGAAGAGAGAAUACGAAGAAUUUAAGGUACGGGUCAAUGCGCUUGUAGCGAAAGCUAUUAAAGUACCCGCCGAAGGUUGGAUCAUGCAAGAUGGGACACCGUGGCCGGGGAAUAACACGAAAGAUCACCCGGGAAUGAUUCAAGUGUUUCUUGGUCAAAGUGGAGGGACUGAUGUCGAAGGAAACGAACUUCCUCGUCUUGUUUAUGUUUCUCGUGAAAAGAGACCUGGUUUUCAACAUCACAAGAAAGCCGGGGCCAUGAAUGCUCUGGUGAGAGUCUCGGCGGUUUUGACGAAUGCUCCUUUUAUGCUGAACUUGGAUUGUGAUCAUUACUUAAACAAUAGCAAGGCUGCACGAGAGGCGAUGUGUUUCUUGAUGGAUCCACAAAUAGGAAGAAAGGUUUGCUACGUUCAGUUUCCACAACGGUUUGAUGGCAUAGACAGGCACGAUCGAUAUGCCAACAGGAACACCGUCUUCUUCGAUAUUAACAUGAAGGGUUUAGAUGGAAUUCAAGGUCCGGUAUAUGUAGGAACAGGAUGUGUGUUCAGAAGACAAGCAUUGUACGGGUAUGACCCACCAAAGGGUCCCAAGAGGCCGAAAAUGUCUCAAAUGAACUUUGAAAACAAGUUUGGACAAUCGGCUAUCUUUGUUACCUCGACUUUAAUGGUGGAUGGUGGAGUUCCACCAUCUUCAAGCCCCGCAUCGCUUCUCAAAGAAGCCAUUCAUGUCAUCAGUUGUGGGUAUGAAGACAAAACCGAAUGGGGUUUGGAGUUGGGCUGGAUUUAUGGGUCGAUCACGGAAGACAUUCUAACAGGAUUCAAGAUGCAUUGUCGUGGAUGGAGGUCGAUAUACUGUAUGCCAAAACGACCCGCUUUCAAAGGAUCGGCUCCGAUCAAUCUCUCGGAUCGUCUAAAUCAAGUCCUCCGGUGGGCCCUGGGCUCAGUCGAGAUCUUUUUCAGUCGGCACAGCCCAGUUUGGUACGGCUACAAAGGCGGUAACCUAAAAUGGCUCGAGCGGUUAUCCUAUGUCAACACCACCGUCUACCCCUUCACCUCCCUCCCCCUCCUCGCAUACUGCACCCUCCCUGCCGUCUGCCUCCUCACCGGAAAGUUCAUCAUGCCGGAGAUUAGCACCUUAGCAAGUCUCUUCUUCAUUUCUCUUUUUCUCUCCAUUUUCACCACCGGAAUCCUCGAGCUCCGGUGGAGCGGUGUCAGCAUUGAGGAGUGGUGGAGGAACGAGCAAUUUUGGGUGAUUGGUGGCGUAUCGGCUCAUUUGUUUGCAGUUGUACAAGGUUUGUUAAAGAUUUUGGCGGGAAUAGAUACGAAUUUCACAGUGACAUCGAAAGCUUCGGAUGAUGAGGAUUUCGGGGAGUUGUACGCGUUUAAAUGGACAACUUUACUCAUUCCUCCGACUACUAUUUUGAUCAUUAACAUGGUUGGGGUUGUGGCGGGGAUUUCUGAUGCGAUUAACAACGGGUACCAAUCGUGGGGCCCACUAUUUGGGAAGUUGUUCUUUGCUUUUUGGGUGAUUGUUCAUCUUUAUCCGUUUCUUAAAGGUCUCAUGGGAAAGCAGAAUAGGACUCCGACUAUUGUGGUUAUAUGGUCUAUACUUCUUGCUUCGAUCUUCUCGUUGCUUUGGGUCAGGAUUGACCCGUUUGUGUUGAAGACUAAAGGACCCGAUGUCAAGCAAUGUGGACUCAAUUGCUGAACAUGAAAUACCUCCUUCAAGUGAAAAGUUUUGUUCAUUGUACUCGAUGAAAAAUGUUUGUUUCUGUUAAGAUUGUAAUCUAAUGCCGAUCAAAGAAAGUUUGUUUCUAUUGAGAGUGUUUUCUGAUGGUAUAUUUUGAAUUUCUGUGUUGUGACGUUUAAGCA